CCACAAACCACAACUUAUCAUUGCCUCUCAAACCUUCUAACCAACCCCCUAUUCAUCCCAAAAUAUCCAAAUCUCCAAAUCUCCAAAUCUCCAAAUACUUGUCGAUGACUUCAAAAAAAUGUAUCUGCAGUAAAUUCAUAAUACUUUAAAAAUUCCAUUUGACCCAUCUGCGAACUCUCUCCCCCCCCCAAAGAAAUUACUCUGGCUAAUCCCGCCGUUUCCCAUCCAUCAUUGUUUGCGUAGUCCUAAACUUUUAUUCUUGACAACUUCCUUUGUUCGAAUGUGUUUGCGCCUUUGCGCCAACAUCAUUAACCCUUACGUUCGAGAACGAGAUCGACUCAACUGUACAACGAAUUAUCAGAUUGCCAUCAAAUGAACGCCCGGUGGAAGAUUACAAAGGCUUAUUGAGAGUGUAGUGCGUGGGGUCAAAAAAGGCGUAUGUAUAUGGUGGUGGUGCUGGACAACGAAUCGCAAACAUGGACCUUCGUUCAAUCAUCAAUACGGAAAAUGGCGAAGGGGGACGAUCCAAACAAAAUGCGCCUACGCCGGUAACUCCAAUCCAGACGGGUCCCCCAUUAGGACAAAUCUAUAGGAAUUAUAGUCAUUCGUCGCAGGUCUCGCCAGGUCCGGGCAAACAUGGCUCACAAUCACAAGAGUACGGUUCACAAAAUGGUGGGCCUCAUGCAUCGCCAACUACCUAUCAAGCAGCUCAUCUAAAUCGUCCGCCUCCUCCCACUCCCAUUCAAGCCCCUCCUCCGAACGACCUUCGUUCUCCAACGGGUUCAUAUUCGGCCCCCUCUCCAUAUCGGCAUACCCCUAGUUCAUCAAUUAGUGUUCCCGGUGCUCAAUACCCAUUCCCGCAAAGUCUCCAAAACCCACAAAGUCCUGCUCAACGUCAUCAUUAUCCCCCGACCUUUCAACAGUCUCGAAGAGAAAGUUACUCACAACCCACUCCACCUUCUCAUCAACAACAAUAUAAUUCACAGAUUCAAGGAUCGCCCGCUCCUCCACAAACACCACCGAUUGGAAUUCCAGGGGCGACACAUCCCUAUCUUCAACAUCAAAGAUCACAAUCUUCACUUUCGAAUUCUACACCCACGUCAGCGCAUAGUCAGCAGCAGCAAUAUCAAAACCAAUUCACUCGGGAUAUUCCCAUCGCCACAAAUCAAUUACCACCAAAUCCAUUUCCAAUUCAGCAUCAGCGACAACAAUCUCAACAAUCUCACCCCGGCACACCUCUAGGUCCUCCUCUAGGUCCUCCUCUACAACCACAGCGCCAAUCAUCUGGCGGGUUCGCACAACCUACAAGUCCCUAUCAACAACGGGGAGUGCCCAUAAGCUCUUUUACCGGUACUCAUUUCAAUCAAAUAUCUCCUGCCCCCGCGAACGCUUCGAUCCCACCUCGAUUGCCGACCACUCCACGAAGCGCUUACGACUCCCAAAGAACAUCAACAAGCUCCACGCAACAGCGAUCUAUGGUCGAAAGAGAAAGGAGUCUCAGCGUGAGUCCCAAAACGCGUUUACCCAGCCAAACGAGAGGAAGUUCUAUGGUUCAACAGCAACCGGAAGAAUAUAAUAAUUCAACGAAACGCAAACUGGAGGACCGGGAAAUGUCUUUUGAAGCACCACAACGGGGUGAGCAAUACGAUGUUAAGCCAGAAAUCAACGGCGAUCAUCAAGUCAGCUCUGCCGCUGCUUCGUCCCCUCAGCAACCACCCAGAAAGAGAACUCGAUACACCGAGCCGCCGAUAUGGGCCCGAAGUGCCAAAGGAAUAAAGGGCUUAGGACGUAAGAUCAACGGAAGACAUCAAACUCCUCAACCUUCAGCGCAGGUUCCGCCCGUUACAUUAAUAAAGCCAGAAAUUAAUGGGACGCGCCAAGCAUCACCAGCGAUUCCUCGACCUGCAGGGAAUGAUGUUGAUUGGGAUGGCCCUCUCGGCCCAUGGGAGCCGAGCAUAUCUGGCACUCAGCCACGUGCCGAGAUGACAAAGUUGGUGGCAGACUUUCUUUAUAUGAACGUCGUUAGUCGUGAGGACACACGGGAGUUGGCCAGUCGAGGCGUGGAGGUAGAAAUUGAAGCGAAGCUGGGGCAGCUUGUCAGUAAGGAGACGAACCAGCGACUGACUUUGCCGAUCCGUUCGGAAACAGUACUUAUGGAUAACCAGUUCAUUGCUUUCAAAAGCACAAUGACAGAGGUAUGUUGUAUAUAUUCCUUGGUAUCGCCAUGCUGACAUCAGUAAUAGUUCCAACAUAAAAAGCUAAAUGACUUUUUGAAUGAACGUGUUAAGGAUUGCUUUCCGAAUAAUCCCAGUCAGCCGAAACGACGAGUCAAGAUCGACUACUUACACCGACGGGAGACGGAUAAAUUUUAUGAGCUGCCUUCUUCAAUGCAUAGCACUUUACCUCCGGCUCUUCGGGCCUUGCUCAAUCCUCGUUAUACUGUCAAAGUUCGUGUCACUCACAAUCAGAAGACCGGCGAACCUUUGGCGAAGAUCAUCAAAGCUAGAGUGGCCGACAUGGAUAUCUUUUUUCCUAGUUUAAGUCUUGAUUGCCGAAUUAGUAUAAACUUCGAAAUGAAGUUUGACGGUGAAGUAGACGAACUAGUCUCUUCAAGUGACGGAGCUCAAAGGCCUGAUCGUAACAAGGAUCGUUUGAGUUACAAGCAAUCACAUUAUCAAGUAGACCUUACUCAAGUCACUCAAAGCUUGGUAUCAAAUGUGAGUUUUCUUUCUGCUUGCUCAUUAAAAUCCGCACUAACACCGGCAGAAUGUAACUCGAAGUGAAAAAGAACAUGAGCUUGAAGUCGAACUCUCAGCAGCAGCUGUCAUGGAUCAAGGUCUCAAAGCUAGGAAUGGCGAGCCAAAUGAUUACUUUAAGUUGGUGGAAGGUCUUAUCGACAAUGUUCGUUUAUUGGCAAGAACUGCUUCAGUCAACGCCUAGAAAAUCCCAUUUCGUUCAACUGCAUAACACCCCAAUUUACUCGCAAGGCUUUACUUUUUAAAUCAAGGCGUUUUAGGAUAGGGAAAAUUGAAUGGCAGCACAUUAUAACGUAUGUGUGGAAAGAUGGCAAUGAUAUUUAGGCGGCUAUUUUUUAUUUUCGGUUGAACAAAAGGAGGUUCCAAAUCUGAUUGUUGCACUUUUGGUUGCAUUUCUUUGCAUCAGUGGCUGCAUAUGAAGAAAACAUUAAUUUGUGGCUCACAACAAACGCGUCCCUCAAGUUUCUAUGCAGGUGGCCUCUAGGAGGCUAGAAUCCUGUGUUCUAUUAUGAAGAUGAUUCUGGGAUGAAUGAUUGGGAGAUGAACUAUGAUGAUGAUAGGAUGUAUGGAUGAAUAAUAGUACGAGCACAAGGAGGGGAAAAGGAGGGGAGGACUUUUAAACUAGCGCCUUUUCGCUAGUCAGAUACCUAUUGUUGUAAAUUCUACGUGUAAUAAUGUAUGUACUUAUCACCGGGUUUUUUCGUAUAUAGAUAGUUCUUCCAUUCGGAUAUUUUGUUCCAUAAGGUAACGACUAGGUUGGUAUGGGAAGUUUGAAAAGCGUUGGGCCUCAGCUGUUAGGCCAUUGCAGUGCGAAGAAUGAAAGAUUGUGUCUGAUAGGAUCAGUGUCUUUCAAGUCAUCGCUAGAGGUCUUAGUAGUAGGCAGUAGUCCAUAUUUCUCGAUCUG